CCACCAGUCAUGCCGCCCACCACCUCUUCCCAAAAGCCCAACGCCCCCAAGGGCAACGGGGCUGCGGCCGGCGGUGCCAACGGCGCAUCAAAAGCGGCCCCUGCCGCCGCGCACGACGGCGCUGACCAUGUCGGCGGAAAGCCCGACCAGGACAAGUACAACUCUGAGCAGGAGGCUUUCAACAAGGAGAUUGCCGCCGUCAAGACCAAGCUCGAGGCUGUCCGUGGCCGCAUCGCGCUCUCGCAGAGCCCCGGGUCGAACGACCGCCGCACCACCCUCAAGGCCGAGAUGGACACGCUCCGUGGAGAGCAGGGAAAGUUCAAGGCCGAGCGCUCCAAGCUCUUUGACGAGCUCCGAAAGCUCCAGGACGGCGUGCAGAAGAAGAUCAAGGACGUGCAGACCCAGCGCGGCAAGACUGGCUUCAACAACGUCUCGCAGAUCGACAACCGCAUUACCGACCUCAACGCCCAGAUCGAGUCUGGAUCCAUGAAGCUUGUCGACGAGAAGAAGGCGCUCCAGGAGAUCACGACGCUCCGCCGUGCGCGCAAGACGCUCGAGUCGAGCUCGUCUUCCGACGACGCUAUUGCUGCCGACAAGGCCAACAUUGAGGAGAUCAAGAAGAAGCUCGACGACCCCGAGGCCAAGAAGGUCAGCGACAGGUUUGACGAGCUCAAGAAGGAGAUGGACGCGCUCCGUGCCGAGGGUGACAAGGCGUUCCAGGAGCGCAACAAGCUGUUUGACGAGCGCAGCGCCCUGUCUACCAAGAUGGACGAGCUGUACGCCGCUAAGCGCGAGCUGGCCGAAAAGUUCCGCGAGCAGAAGGACCACUACCACCAGAAGAUCGCUGCGAUCCGCCAGGCCCGCAACGACCGAUUCAAGGCUGAGAAGGCCAAGGAGGACGCUGCGCGCCGCGAGGAGGAGAUUGUCCGUCUGCGCGAGGAGGCCCGUGCGCCGGCAUACGCUGCCGAGAUUGAGGACGCGCGCAUCCUCAUCAACUACUUUGCCGGCAAGUACGGCGUCGGCGAGGUUCCCGAGACGUCUGCAUCUGCCAAGGAGGCUGCGUCUGCGGCGCCUUCGAUCCAGGGUGUCAAGGCGAUCGAGGUUCGCAAGGUGGAGGCCGACUUCAAGGGCAUGCAGCUCAAGAAGAAGGAUGAGGAGCUCGAGGGCUUCUUUGGUGGCUCGAAGAAGAAGAAGGGCGGAAAGAAGGGCGGCGCGUCGGCCGGCGCUUCGGGCGCCGCUACCCCCUCUGCCUCUGCGGCUUCCGAAUCCGUCAACCUGCCCAUGAACCUGCUGUCUGCGCUCCUGGCCUUUGGCAUCUCGCCUCCUUCCAACAAGGAGGACGUUGCGCGUACUGUCACCGACCUCGAGACGAAGAAGACGUGGUUCGAGGCCAACUCUGAGGCCAAGACCAAGGCCGAGAUUGAGCGCGUCGAAAAGGUUGUCGCCAAGCUGCAGAAGCAGAAUGCUGCUGUCGCCGAGGGUGCCGACGAGGCAAGCGAGGAGCCCGAGGCUGAGGCUGCUGCUGCCCCCGCCGCCGCCGCGGAGGAGGCCAAGGCUGAGGCCUAA